UGAUAUAGAUUUACAUCUAAACAAAUUUAAAUAUUAAAGUUAUAUUUCAAUAAUUCAGUUAUAAACUAAAGUAAUACACCAUAAUAUUUUAAGGGUGUAUAGAGUAAUAAUAAUUUUUAAAACUGGUUAUGGCCUACAUAGUUAUGAGAAAACCACAAAAGGUUAUUGCUAAAGAUGUUGAAUAGUCAUUAAUGGAAAGUUUAGUGGAUGAAAAAGGACACAAGCAACUAGGAUAACUGCAUUCUUGAGAGGACUUAGUUGCAAACCCAUUUAAGAGUUUGGGGGAGAAUUAAAAGGCAUGAACUGCAUUUGGAGUUGGGGUGUAAGAGACCCCUCAUACAGAUGUGACCAGGAAAUGGGCUACAAUGGUUGCAUUCCUGGGAGUGGUUUCCUUAAACCACUGUCAGAAACAUUUUACUCAGGCUAAAAAAAAACAGGCUGGUCUGCUGUUUAGUGUUCCAAAUUGAGUUUCGCAUUUCAUUUGUUAAUUAGGAUUCCGGAGUCUAGGAAGAUCGGACAAGUACAGAAUCCACGUUGCUUGGAUGUCCAGUGUGAAGCUUCCACAGUCGGUGAUGAAUUUGGGCGCCAUGCCAUCUGCUGGUGUUGGUCCACUGUGUUUAAUUAAAUUCAGUGUCAGAGCAGUUGUCUAUCGGGAUAUUCUAGGCUUAUACUGCCAAAAGUACAAAUACCUGCUUUAAUUACCAGUUUAUCACUGCUUUGUUGGCCAGCACGGUGAUGUCGGAACCCCACAGAGAAUUUAGCGAGUGUUGUGAAGCAGAAGAGACACCAGAUCCAACAAUGCAGACAAGCUAAAGGCAGCCAUUAAUGUAACCUGGACUUUCUUAACAUUUUAGCAGAUCUCCAUACCAUGCUGCAUUGAUGCAGACGCCCUGACCAAGUAAGGGAUGCACUGUACAGUCAAUAAACAUUAUGUCUCAGUAAAUCACAUUUCUAGAUUAAAAAAACCUUUUCUGGAUAUAAUGUGGUAGCCAAACAUAACUGAAUUACUGAAAUAAAUUAACUUCUUGGUUGUAAUUUAUUGAAAUGUGCCUGUAUUUUAGUUUGUUCAGAAUUUACAAAAGAUGCUCAGCUUCAGUCCAGAUUCAGUCCGGUCUGUCUGCAAAGACUGAUCUAUGGAUAAUCCGUUCAGGGUUAUGUAAUUUAAAACUCACAGGAUAAACUGACUGCUAUCAUGCAACUGUGCUUGACGUAUCCCUACAGAGAAGCGGUUGUAAAUCCUUCAUUUAGGAAAAGGUCCAAAACGGACUGCAGGUUCUCUCCCCAGAUUUGGUUAUGUGAUCAUCAGUUUAAGCCCAUAAUCCCAUCUAAUCGGGAAUAUUCCAUGUGUGUGCCUCAGAGUUUGCUGGAAUGACACGAUUCUGUGCCGUUUGCAGACAUAUUUAAUGUGUUUCAGAUGUAUCGCUCUGUGUACGUACAAGAGGAUCAACCAUGGCGUCCAGCAGGAGAGUCUUCAUCUUGAUCCCACAAAAAUGCUUUGCUUGAUUCAUCUGCUUCUGCUGCUGCUUCCGAGCAUCAUGUCUGGCCUCAGGCUGUGCCCCAGCUCCUGUCUGUGCUACGAAUCCUCUGACUUGGUGGACUGCAGGUCUCAAGGGUUGGACCAGGUCCCCCCCAGUAUCCCCCAUGGCACUUGGCUGCUGGAUCUCAGUGGGAACAGGGUGAGAGAGGUGCACAGUGAUUCAUUUAUGGGACUGUGGUCACUGAAGUUCCUCCUGAUGUCCAACAACAGCAUGCACGCUCUGCAUCCACAGUCUCUGUCAUCACUGCAGUUUCUAGAGAGGCUUGACCUGAGCUUUAACCGGCUGCGCUGGCUUCCGCAGGACUUUACUCUCCAUCUGUCUUCCCUCCAGGAGCUCAGACUGGACCACAACCUGAUGCAGCAUGUCGACUCUUCCUCACUGAGAAACUGUGACAAUCUGAGAAAACUUGACCUGAGCUACAACCGUAUUCGAACGAUAGAUAUCAAGGCUUUCAAAAGCCUUUCUCGACUGCGUUUCCUGAACUUGGAGAGAAACAGGCUGAAUAUGCUCAAAGAUGGGCUGAUGAGCCGGCAGCAGAGCCUGGAGGUACUCCUACUCAGCUACAACAACAUCUCUGAGAUUGAGGCGGAAGCUCUGGCCCCCCUGCGCAGUUUGACCCUGCUGGGCCUCCAGGGAAAUCAGCUGCAGCACAUCAAAUUUAAGACCUUCCUGAAAUUGCAGACCAUCAGCACCCACCUGCAGAUGUCCCUCAACCCUUGGACUUGCGACUGCGACCUGCAGCGUGUCUUCGGUAAGAUCCAGUUCGUCCGACACCUGCAUGUGGAGGACUACAAGGCCAUCCUCUGUUAUGCUCCUCCUCAGCAGGCUGGGAGCACCCUUGCAUCGAUGGACAGCCAGCUGUGCAUGGCGGAGACGGCCUCAGUGCUGGUCAUCACCAUUACCGUGCUGCUGGCGGUAAUCGGUGCCCUGGUCAAAGCUGAGCGUAACCGCAAGAACAAGCAGGCUGCAAGUGAUGCAGAGUCUUCAGAUAAAUGACUGGUUCAAUGACGGAGCUCUGACACAUGCAGGUGGCCUGCUGCUUUUUGAAAACUCUUCUCUAAAGUAUGGAAAGGGAAAGAAACAGGGAUCAAAGUGCUUAAGAGCUACUGGAGAAAUACCAAGCAUAUAAAUAUAUUGAUUUAGAUAGCAAACAAUACAAAUCAUUUAAUUCUUUUCUGUCCUCCAAUUAGUUUGAAUACCUGACUAAAAGGCCUUCCACAAUAUGUACAGUGUUUCCAAAAGUAUUCAAACUCUUGAUGUUUUUCAUAUUGAGUCAAAUUCUAACCAAAUGUUAAUGCAUUAUUGGAAUUGUAUGUGAUAGACUAAUCCAAAGUGGUGUAUUAUUGUAAAAUGGAAGAAAAUGAUACAUAACUUUUAGUUUUUUAUGAAUGAAUAUAAAGUGUUUAAAUCCAGCUGUUCUGUGAAUGCCUCAGAGGUUUGUUAGAGAACAUUAGAACAAACACCA